GGUUGGACUUACCCUUCAUGAUGAUGCCCCACCCUCUGCUGCCCAUGGGGCUGCCGCCUGCGUCCGUAGCCAUGGCGAUGUCGCAGAUGAACCACCUCAACACCAUCGCCAACAUGGCCGCUGCAGCCCAGCAGAUACACACUCACGUACACAGGGCGCCUGUCAUCAAGGAGAGAGUGUGCGACAGUCCCUCUCUGUCUCCAUCUGUUGAUGAGACCAACACUCCUCUGCAGUCGCAGCCCAGCAGCUCGGCCUCCAGCUCGCCCGAAAGACUCGGUACAUACACGCACAUAUAUCACUGA